ACUCUUUCUAAACAUAUAUUUAUAUACAGUGACUUUUUGUGAUUAACAUUAUUCAGACUUUAUCUCUCUCUAUGUAUAAAUAUAUAUCUCGUUGUGUGGCUUUGAGUUUGAAUUCUGAAAUGCUCUUUCUUUGUGGUAGUAAGAGAGUGAAAGCAGGCAAAGGCAUGAAGGCCACACUGAGAUACUUAGCAGGAAUGGCAGGGCCCAGUGGUUAUGGCUCAAAUUCAACAGCCGAGCAAGUCACUGAAGAUUGCUCUUUCUUUCUCUCUUCUCAUCUAACUGCUCUCAUCACAGGUGGGACUUCUGGGAUUGGAGCUGAAACAGCAAGAGUGUUGGCGAAGAGAGGAGUGAGGGUAGUGAUUGGUGCGAGGGACUUGAAGAAGGCGAGAGAAGUGAGACAGAACAUCUUGAAAGAAAGUCCAAACGCUGAGGUUAUAGUGUUGGAAAUUGAUCUCAGCUCUUUUGCUUCUGUACAGAGAUUUUGUUCUGAGUUUUUGGCUCUACAGCUUCCCCUCAAUAUCCUCAUAAACAAUGCUGGAAUAUUCUCUCAGAACUUGGAGUUCUCUGAAGAGAAAAUUGAGAUGACAUUUGCCACCAAUUUCUUGGGACAUUUUUUGGUGACAGAAAUGUUGCUAGAAAAAAUGAUAGAAACGGCAGAGGAGAGUGGAAUUGAAGGAAGGAUCAUAAAUGUGUCUUCUGUGAUCCAUAGCUGGGUGAAGAGAGAUGCUUUUCGCUUCCACCAAAUGCUCGAUGGAACAAAUUACAAUGGGACACGUGCAUAUUCUCAAUCCAAAUUGGCCAAUAUUUUGCAUGCCAAGGAAUUGGCCAGACAACUUAAGGCGAGGAAUGCAAGAGUAACGGUCAAUGCAGUUCAUCCGGGGAUUGUUAAGACAGGAAUUAUCAGAGCUCAUAAAGGCCUAAUAACAGAUUCCCUGUUCUUCAUUGCGUCCAAGUUGCUCAAAUCAACAUCUCAGGGCGCGGCAACAACGUGUUACGUGGCAGUGAGUCCACAAACGCAAGGGCUGAGUGGGAAAUACUUCGCAGAUUGCAAUGAGAGCAGCUGCUCAAGUGUAGCAAAUGACGAAUUAGAAGCUCAGAAGCUGUGGAACAACACUCGAGCCUUGCUUCAUAAACGACUACGUCAAGCCGGUUCUUGAUCUUCUCCUUCCUGGGCCUACAAACCCUCCCACUCAUGUAUGUAAACAUAUAUAAAUAUUUCAACAUUUUCUGUUUACGUUAGGGACUAUUACAUUACAUCUCAACCCUCCUAGCAUAUUAUAAUGCAGCCCCUUCCAAAUGUAGCUUCACUUUGACUCAUUUCACAAAUAAACAUGCAUACAAAUUUAAGUGUAUUAUUACUGUAA